AUGCGAUUGGGUCGCUUCAUAAAAGCUUUGUGGUUUACUCAACAGAAGGAGCCCAGCAGUGAUGUGAGCAGUCCCAGCAGCCCACGGUUGGCACCCCCGUCCAAGCGGACGCGGCGGCAGACGGCCUCUGAGCCAAGCUCCAGUGACACUUCCCCAUCCCCGCAGGCAAAGAACCAGAGGGUCAGCUGGGGCAUUUCCACCUACCGCACCAGACUCUCCUCGCGUAUAAUGCAAAAUGGCCAUGCCCAUAUGAAUCACCGGAAUGAGGACAGCGGCGGGGGGGAUCACUCCCGAAUGAAUGGCCAUGUGGAGCUGAAGAGGAGCUGCCGGGUGAAGAAGAGCCAGUUUGAACACCUCAAUCAGAGCCUGCUGUUUGACCAGCUGGUCAACAGCACGGCUGAGGCUGUCCUCCAGGAGAUGGACAACAUCACCAACAUCAGGCAGAGCCGAGAGGUGGAGCGACUCCGCAUGUGGACCAGGGAAACUGAGGAGGAAAACAUGGACAUGUACUCCAGGGUGAAACGACGGAAAUCCAUGCGCAGGAGCACCUUCAGCAUGCCGGCACACCACAAAGUCCUGAGCAAGACGGAGGACGAGGAGGAGGAAGGGACGGAAGAAUCUCAUGGAGAGGAAGAGGAGGACGACGGGGAAGACGAUGAUGAGGAUGAUGAAGGGGAUGAAGCAGAGGAGCCAGGAGAGGAAAACGACAGGCCGUACAACCUGAGGCAGCGGAAGACUGUGCAGAGAUACGAGGCACCACCAAUAGAGCCUGUGAACAGAAAACAGAGCAACCCCUCACUUUUCGACACCCACAGAUCCCCAGCAAGAAGAAGCCAUAUAAGAGUGAAGAAACACGCCAUCCACAGCAGUGACACAACCUCAUCCUCUGACGAAGAGCGCUUUGAGCGGAGGAAGAGCAAGAGCAUGACCCGGGCCAGGAACAGGUGUUUGCCCAUGAACUUGACAGCUGAGGACCUGGCGAGUGGCGUGCUGCGUGAUAGAGUGAAAGUGGGCGCCAGCCUGGCCGACGUGGACCCCAUGAACCUCGACAAUACAGUGAAAUUCGACAACGUGGGCGGUCUCAGUAAUCACAUUCAGUCAUUGAAGGAGAUGGUCGUGUUCCCUCUGCUGUAUCCUGAGAUUUUUGAGAAAUUCAAGAUUCAGCCUCCCAGAGGGUGUUUGUUCUAUGGGCCACCGGGGACGGGAAAGACCCUGGUUGCGCGGGCGCUCGCCAACGAGUGCAGUCAGGGGGAAAGGAAGGUUUCUUUCUUCAUGAGGAAAGGAGCCGACUGCCUCAGCAAGUGGGUCGGAGAAUCGGAACGGCAGCUGCGCCUGCUGUUUGACCAGGCUUAUUUGAUGAGGCCAUCCAUAAUUUUCUUUGAUGAGAUCGAUGGUUUGGCUCCUGUUCGCUCCAGCAGGCAAGACCAGAUACACAGUUCUAUUGUGUCCACGCUGCUGGCCUUAAUGGAUGGCUUGGACAGUCGUGGGGAGAUAGUGGUCAUUGGUGCUACAAACAGACUUGACUCUAUCGACCCAGCACUCAGGAGGCCUGGACGCUUUGAUCGGGAGUUUCUGUUCAGCCUGCCCGACAAGAAGGCCAGAAAGCACAUUUUGGAGAUUCACACAAGGGACUGGAAUCCCAAACUGUCUGAGCCAUUUCUAGAUGAACUCGCAGAAAAAUGUGUCGGCUACUGUGGGGCUGACAUCAAAGCACUUUGCACAGAGGCAGCAUUGAUGGCGUUGCGUCGGCGCUACCCCCAGAUCUAUGGGAGCAGCGUCAAAUUGAAGCUGGAUAUCACCUCCAUUGUCCUAGCGUCCGGCGACUUCAGCAAAGCAAUGAGGACAAUUGUCCCGGCCUCCCAGAGGGCCAUGGCCCCCCCGGGCCGAGCCCUAUCCCCUCCCCUCAGGCCCCUGUUGGCCAGCUCAUUCUCUUUGGUGCUGAAAGCGCUGCUCCGAGUCUUCCCCCAUGCUCAGUGUACCGACAGGGACAACACACAAGGCGGCGACAAUCAUCUGCUCGAAGAGGACUUGUACAGCGAUGAUGACAAUGAGGAUGGCUCUGCCUCCAUAUAUGAAGUCCAGCCUGCUGCAUCCCCAAAGAGUCCGCUCACCUCUUCUGCACUGCACAGACCCCUCCUUCAUUUCUCUUCCUCCGCCCUCCAACAGCCCACAGCAUACCGGCCUCGUCUGCUGCUGGCAGGGCCCCCAGGCUCGGGGCAGAGCUCCCACUUGGCCCCCGCCUUGCUGCACCACCUGGACAAGCUACCAGUGCACCGCCUGGACUUGCCCACUCUGUACUCCGUCAGCGCCAAGACGCCAGAGGAGUCCUGUGCUCAGGUUUUCCGAGAGGCCCGUCGGAGCGUGCCCAGCGUGGUGUACAUGCCACAUAUCUCAGAGUGGUGGGACACAGUGAGUGACACCGUAAAGAGCACCUUCCUCACCCUGCUGCAGGAUGUGCCUUCGUUCAGCCCCAUCCUCAUCCUCGCCACUGCUGAGACCCAGUACACCAGGCUGUCAGACGAGGUAAGAUGUAUGUUCCAGAAGACCUAUGGGGAGUUGGUAACGCUGAGCCCUCCUGGAGAAGAGGAGAAGAGGAACUUCUUCUCUGACCUACUGCUGGUGCAAGCCGUCAGACCUCCACCACGUCCCAGGAAUCCAGCGAGGCACGAGGAAGUGCUGGCAGUGGCGGAGGCCCCAGGUCCCAGACUCCUGUCGGCAGAGGAACAGCGGCGCCUGGCCGAACAGGAGGACAACACAUUACGGGAGCUGCGACUCUUUCUCAGGGACGUGACCAAGCGCCUGGCCACUGACAAACGCUUCAACAUCUUCAGCAAGCCAGUCGACAUCGAGGAGGUGUCGGACUACCUGGAGGUGAUUAGGCAGCCCAUGGACCUGUCCACUGUCAUGACAAAGAUUGACACUCACCGCUAUUUGACAGCCAAGGAUUUCCUGGUGGACAUCGACCUCAUUUGCAGCAACGCCUUGGAAUACAAUCCAGACAAGGAUCCUGGAGACAAGGUGAUCAGGCACAGAGCGUGCAGCUUGAAGGACACGGCCCACGCCAUAUUUGCCGCUGAGCUGGACCCUGAGUUUGACCGCAUGUGUGAAGAGAUCAAAGAGGCACAGAGAAAAAGGGACCUCCUGCUGCCAGCUCAGCCGCCAGCAGCUCCGGGGGCUCUGCCAACCCGGAAGCACCACAGCGGAGGAGAGGAGCAGCCCAGGAGCAACACUCACGCCGAAGCCGCCGACAAACCGUGUGUCACCAAGCUCAGAGCUGCCUGUGACAUUCAGAUAUCACCCAAUGGUGGCAGGGAUGAGGUUAGGGAUAUUUCUGAACCAGGUGUUAAAAGCAGCAGCAGAGGACGUGCGAUGCAGGAGGCCAAAACAGCUGCGGCUGCCUCUGGGGCGCUCAGGGCUGGGAUGAUGGCAGAGCUCGCUGCUGCUGACGGGGACAAGGAAACAUCAGGGGUAGGGAGAGGAGAGGGAAACCAUGACGGAGCAUCUGCACAGGCUGCCUUCAUCCUCCACCACUUCUGCUACUGGCUCUCAGGAGGAAUGGAAAACCCAAAGCCCAUUACCCUGGGCCAGGGGCCCGGGUUCACUCGUAGUGCAUCACCACAAGGAUCCGACUCAUUUAACGGCUUUAAGAUUGGAGGUCAGUCGUACCAGCAAGGAUCCAUCCGCAUAACUCCUGGCUGUUUGUUUGGGGUUGUUGUUGAGCCAAAAAGCGAGGUACCGCGUGGGAUUGGGGCAAGGAAUGUAUUCCGCCUCCCGGAGUCGUUUGUGGGCGGUUGCCAGCCUGGUGUUAAGAACGCUGCCAUGUUUCAAAUCCCAUUUAAAGAGUCUAACUCCCAGGAGCAGGGAAAUGUGAAGAUGGUUCAAAGUGAUUCAGAAACUAAGGUGAAUUCCGCUGGAGAUGAUGGCACCGGGCAGACAAAGAGAGACCAGUAUAACUCGGCCUCAGAUAAGCUAAUGAGGAACAUGAGGAGCACAGCACCGGGUUUAAUGCUUCACCAGGAGCUGCUGGUGCAUUCAGGGAAAUCUGUCACCUCACAGAACAUUCGCAAAGCGGCAGAGAGGAGAAAGGCAAGAUGA